AUUGGUCAGAAGAAUGAAGUCCGAGUCCUGAGACUCUGUACAGUAAACAGUGUUGAAGAGAAGAUUCUAGCAGCUGCCAAGUAUAAACUGAACGUUGACGAGAAGGUCAUUCAAGCUGGAAUGUUUGAUCAGAAAUCAACCGGAAGCGAAAGGAAGGCAUUCCUGGUCGCCAUAUUAGAGGACGAACAGGCAGAGGAGGAGGAGCAAGAGGUUGCUGAUGAUGAAGCUCUCAAUGACAUGAUUGCAAGGAAUGAAGAGGAAUUGGAAUUAUUUCAGAGGAUGGAUUUGGAGAGAGCUGCAAGAGAAGCUAUGGAUCCCAGCCUCCGUCAUAAACCACGUCUCAUUCAAGAGGACGAGUUGCCAUCUUGGUUGCUACGGGAUACAGAAGAGGUUGAGCAAAUGGCUUUUGAAGAAAAUGAGGAACGACUUUUUGGAUUAGGCAAGAGACAGCGUAAAGAGGUUGAUUAUUCUGAAGCACUGACAGAGAAGCAAUGGGUGAAGGCACUGGAAGAUGGAACACUAGAGGAGGUGGAAGAAACAAAAAAGAACAGGAAGAAAAGGAAAAGGAAGGACAUUGCAUUACUAGGAGAAGAGACAAAGAGUAAAAAGAGGAAGAAAGCUACUGCUGGUGUAUCAGCAAAGUUAACUCGUUUAUUAAUUAGUCUAUGGGAAGCAGUUGUGGCUUAUCAGGAUAGCACCAACCGAAGGAUCAGUGAAAUAUUCAUGGUCCUUCCCACCAGGAGGGAACUACCUGAGUACUAUCAGAUUAUAAAGAAACCCAUCGAUUUGAAGAAGAUCAAAGAUAAGAUCAUGAAACAGAAGUAUCAGUGUCUCUCUGACAUGGAGGAUGAUGUGAUACUGCUCUGUGGUAAUGCUAGAACUUAUAAUGAAGAAGGAUCGCAGAUAUAUACUGAUUCUAUUGAACUUGAGAGAGUAUUCAUGGAAGCAAAGGCACAACUUGAUGUAGAGGAAUAUGGAGGAGUUGAUAGUGAUGAUGAAAGACAAGUAUCUGUUGAAGUUGAUGACUAUAAUUCUGAUACAUCUGAUGUUUCAUUGAACAGGCAUCACAGUGGUAGCAGUAUGUCCAAUACUCCUGCUCCCUCAGGGGGAGGAGCUUCAAUCAGUGGAUCAUUACCUCCCAGUGUAGCACGAAGCACUAGUAGUAGUAGUAAAGCCAGAAGGUCUCGUAAGGGACGUCCUAAGAAACAUGAGAGGGUACCGUUGAUUAUAGAAUCUGAUAAUGAGGAGAGUGCUCCGGUAACUCCCGAGUUUAUAACUGGUUCACCUGCUUCCUCUUAUACUUCAUCUCUUGUGCCGUCUCCGGCUUCGUCUUCAACCUCUUUCUCUCGCCGGAAAUAUUGAAAUACGUACUCUUAAUUAGGAACUUAUUAUAAUGAUUACCAUUUCAGGAUCAAUAAUUUAAUCAUUUUCAUUACUUUUAGAUGUUUCUUGCUAAUAAAAUAAUGAAAAAA